UAUAGAGGCUCUGACCAACUCCUUUCAGGUUUAGCCUUCGAGUCGGUUUUUCUCCUCCUUUCCCCGCCAUAAAUAAAAACUCUUAAAACCCUAGCUACAGAUCCAUUCGGCCGAGAAUUCUUCAGCAUUCAUUUAAAAUUCUUCCUGUUUUUUCAACAAUAACUUAGCGCUAUUCAAUUCCUCAUCUCUCUACCUUUGUUUCAGAAAGGGAAGUGUCCCCGCAACUCUUCUGUCGGCUCUUUUCGUUGCGUUUUGAUAGUUUUUCUCGAUCUUUCACUCAGAAACCUAGGUUUUUCUUUUUAUCAAAUUUCUUUAUAUUACGUUUUCUGCUAUUUUUUGGCAGGAAAUUUUGUUCAUCUUAAGACCGUAAUCCUCGAGUUUUUUAGUUCAUUUUGAAUUUGUGGACUUUCGAGCCCUAGAUUUUAGUAAUUCAAAUUCUGGAACUUCUUAAGAUUCAUUUUCUAGGUUUUUAAGGUUGUCUGGAUUCGAUUCCACUGCAGAUCUGGAUUCCAAAGUUUUCGAAAAUCUGAGAAAAUGCCUGCGUAUUUUAGUAAUUCAAAUUCUGGAGAUUCAUUUUCUAGGUUUUAAGGUUGUCUGAAUUCGAUUCCACUACAAAUCUUUGGAUUCCAAAGUUUUCGAAAAUCUGAGGAAAUGCCUGUGUAUCUCACGCCCAACGCAAUUGCAGCCAUCAAUAGUGGCGAUGCGAACUCAAAGCCUCUUGUACAAGUCUUGGAAAUCAAGCUCAUAGGCAAUUCGCAGGAUCGGUAUCGUCUUCUACUCUCUGAUUCCGUUUCCACUCAGCACGCAAUGCUGGCGACUCAGCUGAACGAUCGGGUGAAGAGCGGGAGAGUACAGAAAGGAUCCAUUGUUCAGCUGAUCGAUUACAUCUGCAGCACUGUUCAGAAUCGCAAGAUUAUCGUGGUACUGAACAUGGAGACUAUAAUCCCAGAUUGUGAGAUAAUUGGGAACCCGAAACUGUUGAUGCAAUCUGACUCGACAUCUCAGAAAUCUUCGUCCGCUAACAAGCCUGAGCAACCAGCAAUUCCUGAUAACAGGCAUCUCGCAACAACUUCCUGUAGUAACUCAGCUCCAAAACCUGGCAAUAAGAUGCCGAGCUUUCGUCCAACUGUCCAACCUCCAUACCGACCUCCUCCAAAUUAUAAAAAUCAUGGCCCUAUUGCAAAGAAUGAUGCACCUGCACGAAUCAUUCCAAUUUCUGCUCUGAAUCCUUAUCAGGGACGAUGGGCAAUCAAGGCCAGAGUUACCGCUAAGGGAGAUCUCCGUCGCUACAAUAAUGCUAAGGGAGAUGGGAAAGUCUUCUCCUUUGACCUCCUUGACUCGGAUGGAGGAGAAAUAAGGGUUACGUGCUUCAAUGCUGUUGUUGAUCGCUUCUAUGAUGCUAUUGAAGUUGGUAAGGUCUAUUUGAUAUCCAAGGGAAACUUAAAACCUGCUCAAAAGAACUUCAACCAUCUUAAGAAUGAAUGGGAGAUAUUUCUAGAGUCAAGCUCAACAGUCGAACUUUGCCCAGAUGAAGAUGGCUCAAUACCAAAGCAACAGUUCUCUUUCAAACCCAUCAAUGAGAUUGAGAGUUCAGAAAACAAUUCUAUAAUAGAUGUAAUUGGUAUUGUAGAAUCUGUCAAUCCUUCAGUCCCUAUCCUGAGAAAGAAUGGUAUGGAAACCCAGAGAAGAAUUCUGAAUCUUAAGGAUGGAUCCAACCGCAGUGUUGAGCUAACCCUCUGGGGGGAGUUGUGCAAUAAACAAGGUCGAGAGCUGCAACAGAUGGUUGAAUCUGGGGUUUUCCCAGUUUUAGCCGUUAAGGCUGCAAAGGUGAAUAACUUCAGUGGUAAAUCAAUAGGAACAAUAUCUGCCACCCAGCUCUUCAUAAAUCCAGAUUGCCCUGAAGCCUAUGGUCUGAGAGACUGGUUUGACAGAGGGGGCAAGAAUACUGCUUCUCAGUCCAUCUCUAGAGAUAUUAUGCCAGGGUGUCCAAGGAAUGAGGUCCGUAAAACAGUAUCUCAGAUAAAAGAUGAAGGUCUUGGACGAGCUGAUAAGCCAGAUUGGGUCACGGUGAAAGCAACUGUAUCAUUCAUCAAGACAGAUAAUUUCUGUUACACAGCUUGCCCGUUGAUGAUUGGGGACAGACAGUGUAGUAAAAAAGUAACAAGAUCAGGAAAUGCAAGAUGGCAGUGUGAUAGAUGCACUCAAGAGUUUGAGGAGUGUGAUUACAGGUAUCUUCUUCAAGCUCAAGUGCAAGACCAUACAGGGUUGACCUGGGUGACAGCAUUCCAGGAAUCAGGAGAGGAGAUCUUGGGUUGUUCAGCAAAGGAGCUGUACUUAUUGAAAUAUGAAGAGCAAGACGAUGUUAGGUUUGGGGAGGUUAUCCGCCGUAGCCUAUUCAGUGAGUAUCUUUUCAGGCUCAAAAUCAAAGAAGAAAUGUAUGGUGAAGAGCAAAGGGUGAAGAUCACUGUCGUUAAGGCAGAGAAAUUGAACUACUCUGCAGAGAGUAGAUUCCUACUUGAUUUGAUUUCAAGGAUCACAUGCUAAAGAUUGACAAUGCUAUAUUUAGAUGAAAACAAUUUCGAUUGUCUCUUGAUUACAGGCGAAAGCCAAGUUGCAAACUGGUUUUGAACACUUCAAAAGGGAUGAGCUGAUCAAUUUGAUAUUCAAUGGCUUCAUUCCUCCCUUUUGGCUUAUGGCAGAGAAGUUACACGAUAUGUAACUGCGGGAAGCUAUUGUAUUGAAUUUGGAAUUUGCAGGGUAUAUAGUUGUGGAAGCUAUUGUAUUGAGUUUGCUUCUGCUAAUCCCAAAUAAAUUCUUUCCCCUCUUGGGGGUUUGAAAUUGUAUCCAGUUUUUGCUCAAGUCCUAACAUUCGAAUAGAAAAUGUCUGGAAGACCUUGCACAAGAAGUAGAUUGGAAUGUGAAGGUUUACUGCAAAUAGACUUUCCAUAUCCGGAUGGUUCGUGUU